GUGGUUUCGUCUUGCAGGUAUUUUCUCAAGUCUUUUCAUAGAUAAAGCACAUCUUUCUCUCAUAAAUCUAUGCAAUGCUGACUUACUCACCUGAAUAUUCUCAUCCGAAAAAUGAUUCGUCAAAUCUUCCAGAACUUGAGCAAGUACAGCAGUAGGUCUUUCGUCGAUAUGCUUGAUGAUCCAGUCGGUCUUUUAAUUUGAAUCGCAAAGGUGGGCGGAGUUUUCAAAACGUUGGUAAAUUGAGAGUGGAAGCACUGCACCAUUGGUUCACUACAAUCAGGGGCCAGAGUGCGAAAAAAAAAAAACCCUUUUUUUCCAUUUUUUUUUUAAAACGAUGGAGACAACAAUCGACGAACUUUUAAUACCUUUGCAUGUCAAAUACAUACAGUCUUUGGACACACGAAAAGAUGACUUAGAGUACUGGCUGACCGAACAUUUACGUGUCAACGGCAUUUAUUGGGGAUUGACAGCGCUUGAUUUAAUGAAUAAUAUUGAUGCUUUACCGAGAGACGAAGUCAUUGCUUACGUUAAAAGUUUACAACAAGAAGAUGGUGGUUUUGGGGGAGAUAAACACCACGAUUCUCACAUGACACACACUUUAUCAGCAGUUCAAAUUUUAAUAACUUUGGAUGCUAUUGAUGCCAUCGAUGUGGAAAAGGUUGUUAAAUAUGUGAAAUGUCUGCAGAAUGAGGAUGGGUCCUUUAAAGGAGAUAAUUGGGGAGAAGUGGAUUCAAGAUUUUCUUACAUUGCCUUGAGCUGUUUAUCGCUGUUGAAACGUCUAGACGCAAUUAACGUGGACAAGACAGUGGAAUGGAUUUUAGAAUGUAAAAAUUAUGAUGGUGGGUUUGGAAGUAGACCUGGUUCAGAAUCUCAUUCGGGUCAGAUAUUCUGUUGUGUUGCUGCUCUUUCGAUUGCAGAUGCGCUUCAUCAUGUGGAUUCGGAUUUGUUGGGCUGGUGGCUAUGUGAACGACAAUUAAAAAAUGGCGGAUUAAACGGUAGACCAGAAAAAUUAGAAGAUGUUUGUUAUUCGUGGUGGGUAUUAUCCGCACUUUCAGUAUUAGGAAAGGUUCAUUGGAUAAACAAGGAAAAGUUAUCAAAGUUUAUUCUGUCUGCACAGGAUCCAGAGAAUGGCGGUAUUUCCGACAGACCAGGGGAUAUGGUGGAUGUAUUUCACACACUGUUUGGUGUGGCUGGAUUAUCCUUGUUGGAUUAUCCCGGUCUCAAACCUGUCAAUCCAGUGUAUUGUAUGCCUCAGCAUGUCAUUGACAAGCUAAAUCUUUAAAAAUAAAAUAAUUUGCAGUGAACCUAGAUCGUAUUCAGAUCAUGAGUUUUUUUUGCAUAUAUAAAGGAGUUUUAAAAGACCAAAACUUAUUC